AAGGAGUCACGUGACCAGUUCUCCAUUGUACUUCCUGUUUAUUUCAGAGGAUAAAGGCUUACCGUGUUUAGCUACUUUUGUUUAUAUGUAGGCUAUGUGAUACAACUUACUGCCGGUUUUUAACACAAUGAACAUGGUAUAUCGUUUGUGUUUUGUACUGCUGCUGUGCUGCGCGGCCCCGCUUGCAGCGGCACCCACUGGAAGCAUCUACCUGCCGGGCACAGGCAGGUUCUGGCACAUCACUGACCUCCACCUGGACCCCACCUACCACCUGGCCCCAGACCCCACCAAGGUUUGCUUCUCCUCCAAAGGAGUCCCUGCCACCCACGCCGGCCUGUACGGGGACUUCCUGUGUGACUCUCCCUACCGCCUCAUCCAGUCAGCCUUCACUCACAUGGCACCGCUCACACAGCCACAGGACUUCAUCGUAUGGACCGGUGACAGUCCACCUCACGUCCCUGCAGACGAGCUUUCUACAGACAUAGUGAUCCAGGUGAUCAGUAAUAUGACCCAGACCAUCAGACAACACUUCCCCAACCUGACAGUCUUUCCUGCCCUGGGAAACCACGACUCCUGGCCUCAGGACCAGAUGCCGACCUCCACUAACGCCAUCUACAAAGCUGUGGCCCAGCUGUGGAAACCCUGGUUGCAGACUGAAGCUCUGCUCACACUCUCACAAGGUGGGUUCUACUCUCAGCUCGUAAAGCCUGGUUUGCGGGUGCUUAGUCUCAACACUAUCCUCUACUACGGUCCUAAUAAAGUCACAAGAAACAUGACAGACCCUGCUGGACAGUUCGAGUGGCUGGAGAAAACUCUGGCAAAAGCUGCUCAGAGCCUGGAGAAGGUGUACAUCAUAGCCCAUGUACCAGUGGGGUACCUGCCCUUUGCCAGAAAUAUCACUGCUGUAAGAGAGAGCCACAACGAGAGGCUGGUCGCCAUCUUCAGGGAAUACAGUCAUGUCAUUGCGGGACAUUUCUAUGGCCACACUCACCGAGACAGCAUCAUGGUGCUGUUGGACCAACAAGGUAAACCAGUGAAUUCUCUUUUUGUGUCACCGGCUGUUACACCAAUCAAGCAUGUUUUGGAGCCCUACUCUAACAACCCAGCUUUCCGCAUGUACUUGUACAACACCAAGGACUACACUCUGUUGGAUAUCUGGCAGUACUAUUUGAAUCUGACGGAAGCCAACGAGAAACAAAGAUCUGACUGGAGGCUUGAAUAUAUCAUGACUGAGGCUUUUGGACUGACUGACCUGCGGCCACAGAGCCUGCUCCAGCUGGGCCUGAGCUUCAGGCUGCCGCAGACCAAAGCCUUUGACAAGUAUUUCAGUCACUACAUGGUUGGCUACAACAAUAGCAUCAUCUGUGAAGGAGACUGCAAGGUCAGCCAGGUGUGUGCUGUGCUCUACCUGGACCACCUGUCCUACUCCAAAUGUGUCGCAAAGGGAGAAUGGUAGCGUGAACAUGGUUUUAAAAAAUGAAGGAUUGUUGAGGGAUUUGUCUCAGGAAUCACAUUUAGUUUUUUUUUUUUGUACAAAUGAUAUAUGUUGUUACCUGAAUGACUGAAUCAUAAAAAAGGGCAAUGGCACACAGUGCUUCUGCUGCCUCAAAUAUUUAUCCGGCGGGGAAAAGCAAUACAACAAUUAAAAAAUAAAAUUCCAAGCUGGUUUUUCAUCAGGUGAUAUUCCAUCUAAGAUAUUUGGUAUGGAAUCUUAUCCAGAUGCAAUCCAGACCACAAAUAGCAGUAAACAAGUAACUGAAAAUGGAGGAAAUACACUGAUACAAUGCACAUAGACAACUUGAUGAUACUGAGUUGCUGUUGCCCAAUCUCUGUUAUCUACCCUCCCUAACUGCUUCUCAGUUUUGACAGUGGUGUAGACUUUAUGAGGGAGAUGCUUGAGGCAUGAUAGCUUUUAGCUUGAUAAACCUCAUAAAAAAAGAGUAAGGUGUAAUAUCUCAUCUGAAAUCUGUUCCACAGAAUGAGUUGGAAGAGGAAGAAGGAUUUAAAUCAGAUCCUUUAGAUUUGAUUGGAUCGCUCAAAAGUGUGCAGGGCUUCGCGAAUACAGCACAAUACAGAACUGUAGAGAGGACUGUUGACCUCCACCCACACCUCCCUCACACACGUUGGAUCAGGAGGAGGAGGAAGGUUUUGCCUACAGAUAUUGAUAUUCCUCUGCCAGCUAAAGCCCAAAGGAUAAGUGUGAUUUUUUUUUUAUAUGAUUUUUACAUUUUAUAGGAAGAGACAAAAGGGAUUUUGAUCUAUAAAUACUCAAAAAUUAUUUUAUUGACACAUAUUUGGCAUGAGAUGACGCCACAAUUAACAUACAUAUAGGGACACAGGUUUAAAAUGUAGGUUUUUAAGUUUGUGCCAUCUUACAGCCUCUGACAAAUGCUGCUCAUUUUGCAUUACCUCGCAAUACUUCCUUCCUUCUGAGCCACGACAGCAUCCUGCAGAUUACCGCACUGCUUUCUUCUGGAGAGACCUCUUGAUCUAAGAAUUCAUUUAAUUUUACUUUCACUAAUUACAUAACCAUGCAUGCCUAUUGAGCAGUAGUACUAUAUCAGCAUACUUAAAGUCCAAUUCAAAGUAAAAUCCAAUGAGCUGUUGCAUUGCGCUGGGAGCAGCUGAGCGGAAAUAGACACACGGCUCUGAAGGAAUGGAAGAAGAAAAGUAUUGUGAGGUAACGCAAAAUAUUGAGAGGUAACGCAAAACAUAUUGCGAGGGAAUGCAAAAGUAGUCCUCAAAAAUGUUUUCGCUGUGACCUUUAGGGGGCUCCGUAUGUUACAUAUGACAGAGGUUUAUUGUUUUUAAUGUCGCAGUUUAUUUUUCUACUAAAUAAAGAUCUUUAUUCAAAGUGUGUUAAAACCA